UAGAAGUAUUUGUAAUGGUCGAUAUUCCAUUAGAAAAAGUAGAUAAGCUUCAAAAGUGGUUAUGUGAAAAUUAUCGUGAAGAAGACGAAAUCACAGAUAGUAAAGUGCAAAGUGUAGUUAAUAUUCUUUUUAGUUAUAAUGGUAUAACUAAAUUAAUCCAUGUUGAUUAUUUGGAAAAUUCAGCAGCUUAUAUAAAAAAAUAUUAUUGGGAUGUAUUAAAAUCCAUAAUACCUCAAUUGAUUCAUUUGCCAUGUUUAGUACAUAUAUUAAAUCUUAUUGAGGAAGUAUAG